CGGGCACCGAAUUUUGAAGCAACCUUGAGCUACGGCCCCGAACUUUAAAGGCGCCUGUCUCAAUUUUACAUAAAUAGGUCUCUUUCUCCAGCUUCAACUCAUUUUCUCACCUCGACACAACAUAUUUUUUUUCAGCAUCAACCCUACGGGUGACUUCACAGACUACUAUUCUGCGCAAACCAACAUUACCUAGACUGGUGGAUUGAGCAAGCCUACGAAGCGAAGCCUCGCCAUCCAGCAUAUUUAACCACAAUUCUUCGCAACCUCCCGAGAGGACGUGAGUGUUCGCCUUCGCUGGCCCACGUCUGAAAUCGAAAUCUGCUACAGACACACGCACAAUACUUGCCGAUCGGAGUACGGGAAUAUCGCCAUAUUGAUUCGUCAUCAACUCCCACAUUAUGGGUGCACUCUACAUUUUCGCGUCAGUGGGCUACAUAAUCUGGAUGGUGUUAUUCCUCCACAACCCAGACGGAAUUGGGCCACCUGCAGAAGCCCCGGCAAACCUCAACCUCGUUGCUCGCGUCGCCUACUACGCCCUCCAUCCUCGCUGCGGUGAUUGGUUUCUCGUCAACGUCAUUGCCCAACUCGUGGUUAAGGGAUGUGAGCUUCUUGAAGAGCGCAGAUGGCCAAGCUUUUCCUGGGGUUAUUGUCUCGGCAGCAUUGCAUUCCUGUGGUCCAUAUCUACCGCAUCGACCAGGCUCGACGCAUACCGGUUUGGAAGGCCCGCUUACUGACUACCUAGAGGAGUAAUGGUAUGGCAAGGUGAAGGAGAAAGAGCGAUUCCGGGCUUCGGGUUAGGUAGGACAGUCGGAUUUACUCGGUGGGAAGUAAUUAGGCCUUGGCACGGUGCCAGCCGAGACUCCUCUGCAAUUGCCGCUGGAAGGGGUAAAAAGGUACGGCACGUGCGAGGUCACGUGGAAGGGGUUAUGACAGCCGGAACGGCUUUCAAGGUUAGGUAGGGAAAACAACAAGCAGGCAAUCACCUACUUUUUCGAAUAUACGGUCUGCAACGGCCCUCACUUCUCUCCAGGGCCGCAGAUCAAUCAGCU